AUGGUUGGAAACGAGAAAUCAGAGAAGACAAAGUCUAUGCAGUAUAGUAUUAGGAGUGUGGAUAAACUUUCGGUGGCUUAUUAUGUCACGAAUUUUCCUCCAGAUGUUGAUGGAAAAGAUAUUUGGAAGGUUUGCGAGAAAGUGUGGGUGGUCUCGGAUGUGUAUGUUGCUUUGAAACUCUCAAAAAUUGGUAAGCGAUUCGCUUUUGUCCGUUUUAUUAAGGUUCUUGAUGAAAAAACUCUUGAACUGCAACUUAGGGAUACUUGGAUGGGUCAGUAUCAUCUUUUCGUGUCAUUAGCUAGAUUCCAUAGAGAUGAUGUGAAUCAGGCUAAUGAUAGACCUCGUGAUCAUAAUGAGCAUAAUAUGGGAUCCAUGCAUGCUGCCCGGAAGGGUUCUUAUGCAAAUGUUGUUAAGGGUGGGGUUAUAGGGCCUCUUUAUUUUGGUAAAGAUAUGAGUACAUGCUCUUUACAGGUGGGGGAGAUUUAUAAUAAGAUUUCAUUGCAAGCUUCUUUAUUUUGA